AUGCUAUCAAUGCAAGCCACUCGUUUAGGGUCAAUUUUACUCUCCUUGGCUCAUUUCUCCUCCACCUUCAACCCUUCGUGGUCGCUGGUGCUAGGCCACCCUUUGCCUGGCUACGAUUGGCUCAAGGGAGUAGAUGGGCAGAACUAUGUCAGCGAAUAUGGUAGACCGCACGAAGGCAUUUCUGCUGCUGCUAUCAUGAGCAGGUAUCCCGUCUACUUUGACCUGAAGAAAUCCACCAAAUCCAUGGACGAUGCGAGGAAGGCCAUCACCGAUGGAUCCAUGGCUGUGGAUGAUCACAACGACUAUCUGGAGGAAGCUGAAAAACCACACUGUCAUUUCGACGACGAGUCCUUUGAGGCAGGCAACGAACGUCUGGUAGCAAAAAAGCAGGAAGUCAUCGUCUAUCUCAAAGCCGGAAACCUCAUAGCCACGCGAGAGCAUGGCAGAGUGCUACAUACCCUCCAAGACUUCUGUUCGCAGUCCAACUGGGUCGAACUAGGAAACACCGAUACUAUCAAUGAAGCAAUUGGGCUUCCGUUGAAAGGGGGAGAGUUCGGAAUUCCUCUCGCGGGUGACCUCGAAACGUGCCAGAACUGUACAUACGAUACCUUGUUCAAGACGAACACUGCGGAACAAACCGAGAAGGCGGACAAAUGCAGAGCUAAGGUGGUUGCUCACGACCCCAUGUCGCAACCAAGUAAGAAGAAGACAGCGGUGUGCAUGAUCGUCGCUCCCGCUGUUAAGAAUCCCGAAUGCAGAGCGAACCUUCUUGACUCAUUCGCCAGCGGCGGAGGAUAUCUCACAACCGGAUACUUUGGCUCCAACGAAGCUAUACACACUCACAAACCACGAGGCAAAUGUAGCCAUGGAGGUCCAUUCGACAGAGACGCUUUUGGCCUUGAAGGGAUAUGCAAGGACACCAGCUCGUCAUUCUACAGUCCGCAUUGGUUCAACCAUAAGAUCGCCGCAAACCUAGCUGAAAAGGCAACGGACAAGUAUCUCGAUGAGCUAGCAGACGACAUGUGUGGCAACACGGAACGGAAGGUUUGCGCACUACUUCGGUUACUAUACGGCCUUGGGCCAACUCUCGCCUUUGUGAUCGACACUACUAGAAGUAUGGGCAGCGUCAUCGCUGGUGUCCGUAAUGCUACUAUCAAGAUCGUCAACGACCGAAGAGGCACUCUCGACGCACCCAGUGUUUUUGUACUUGCUCCGUUCAAUGACCCCUUCGUCCCCGUUGCCAACUUUUUCGAUGAUGCAGAUCAAUUCAUUGCAGCAAUCUCAGCUCUUGGGGCAGUGGCGGUGACGAUUGCCCAGAGCUAG